CCUCAACAUCACAUCGUCUUGCAGGCUCUUUAAUAGCUCUGGCUUUGUUCUGAAAACUUGGAGGAUACACUCUUUUUCAUAUUGACGUAUUCCUCCUUUCACCACACACAUUUUUCUGACGAUCAAGCUCACCGCCACAACAUCCACACCCUCAAUCCUGCUUCCCUUCCACCCACCCUCCAAAAUGAUAAACUUUGGCAUCAUAGGCACCGGCUGGAUCACCACCUCCUUUGUCGCCGGCGCCCACGCAACCUCCAAAUGGAACCUAUCAGCCGUAUACUCCCGCUCCUCCGACUCCGCAAAACACUUCGCUUCCAAAUACGACCAACCUAUCAAAACCCACACCACUAUCUCCUCCCUCGCCGCCGACACUAACAUUUCCGCCGUCUACAUCGCCUCCCCGAAUUCCCUGCACUUCGUGCAAGCGGCGGAGUUGCUGAAGGCAGGGAAACACGUUAUCCUGGAGAAACCGGCGACCAGUACGGGCACAGAGCUGGAUAAACUAUUCGAACUCGCAAAGGAAAACAACGUAUUCUUACUAGAAGCCUACCGGCACCUCCACGAACGCAAUUUCAAAAUCCUGCAAUACAACCUUCCCUGUCUCGGGCCCAUCUACGGCGCUAGCUUGACGUACGCGCAGUAUUCGAGUCGGUACGAUAAAGUCUUAGCAGGAGAGACGCCGAAUAUCUUUAGUUUGGAGUAUUCCGGGGGUGCGUUGGUGGAUCUGGGGGUUUAUUGCGUGGCUGCUGCUGUUGCGCUGUUUGGCGCACCGAGGGAGAGUGUGUAUCAUCCGGUGGUGAUUAGUACUGGUGCUGAUGGCGCUGGGUUCAUGUUGCUGAAGUAUGAGGGUUUCAGCGUUGCUAUCAAUUUCAGCAAGAUCUAUAACUCAGCAACUCCAAGUGAGGUUUAUGGGGAGAAGGGAACGCUCGUCACACCGAGUAUUACAGAUAUUGAGAGGGUGGAGUUUGUUGAUUCGCAGAAGAAGGGAGAGAAAGAGGAGCGUGGCGAGGAGAAGGAACAUUUGAAUUUGAAAGAGGAGGCGGAAGAAUUUGCGCGGAUUAUUGAAGAGCAGGAUAAGGAGGCGGCGAGGAAGUGGGAGAGGAUUAGCAGGACGGUGGUGGGGAUUACGGAGAAGGUAAGGAGGGAUAAUGGGUUGUUGUUUAAGGUAGAGAAGGAGGCACUGUGAUGGGUGGUGAGGAGUUUGGAGAGCUUAGGGAUGGGAGCGGGGAUGGUGGGGGGUGGGAUAUUGGAUUUUGAUUUGGAGUCGAUGCGGAGGUCUUGGGCUGGGCGUGUAUUGUCAGGUGAAGAAUUAGAACUGAAGAAAGUGUUUGUAGGAGGAUAUAUGUUGUGGAGAGCACGAAGACGAUUGGUCGGCUCUUGUAUGCGGUUUGUAGAGCGAACCAAAGCAUUGAUAUCUAAUCUGAGGCAGAUCCGAAUGAGUGGGGAAUGCCAUGCAGUGUCUUCCUGGUCAUGUGGAGUGAAAUGGAAAAGUUCACAAUCGUUCACACAAACCCAGUGCGGUACAUGAGUGAGAGAUUCCCUUCCUUUAACUAUGUAUUAUAAUUAUAAAUCUCCGGAUAUUGAUCAUUUC